GUUUUCCCUCUCAAAUUAAGCUCGUUAUCGGCAUUGGACUAUGUGUCGAGGGACAAAUACUAAACGCUCUCUCCAGUCACUUUUUUUGACAGUUUGUCUGGCAGACGCCUCAUGAUGGCAGCCAAAUUUUUCCCACGCCGGGUCUUUCCUAAUUAUGCGUCCAUCCCAAGGUCGUAUUUCUUGGGCCACCACAGGGCCGGCCUGAAGAAGAUGCAAGACAUGCUGUCAUCUAUAGACUAUGUUGUCGAAUGUCGCGACUACAGAGUCCCCGUCACGUCGAUCAAUCCCAUGUUUGAAGAAGCAUUGGGGAAAACCAGAAGACUGAUCGUGUAUACCAAGAGGGACUUGGGCUCAAAACCCGCGUCAAAGGGGCGGCGACGGACAGAGGAAACCGUUCAAGGGCUCGAUAAAAGUAGCGCCACAUUCUUUGUAAGCUCGUCAUCUCAUCAAGAUGUGGGUGCCAUCCUGAAACAUUUGCGAGAAGAUGCAGAAGGGCCGGACAGGCUCGUUGGAUGUCGUGUUAUGGUGGUCGGUAUGCCGAAUGUCGGCAAAUCGACACUGAUCAACAACUUGCGCAAUCAAGGCGUGGGUAAGGGCAAGGCCGUACAGACGGGUGGUCAACCCGGUAUCACACGGAAGAUUGGAACGCCAGUGAAAGUUAUAGAGAGAGAGAAUGGCUCCCAUGUCUACGUGCUGGACACGCCGGGUGUCUUCAUGCCCUACGUUCCCAAUGCAGAGAACAUGCUGAAACUGGCGCUCUGUGGAUGCGUCAAGGACUCGGUCAUUUCACCGGUCACUCUCGCCGACUACCUAUUAUAUCAUAUAAAUCUGCAUCAUAAGGAUGCAUAUCAACGUUGGUCUGCGCCGACGAAUGAGAUCAUGCCCCUGCUGGACAAAUUUGCUCGACAUACAGGUCUUCUUGCCAAAGGUGGCAUCCCUAAUAUUGACCUUGCCGCGCAAAACUUUAUUCAGAAAUGGCGCGCGGGCGAUCUGGGCCGGUUCUGCCUCGAUGACCUAAAAGCUGAGCAGAGGAAGCAUUUGGAAGGGAGCAAAGAAGAAGUGCGCCCUAGUAUCUCAUCAGUCUUACGGGCUGAAAAGACGGCGAAGAAGCAGGAAAGUUCGAAGCUGUAA